AUGGGCGUUCCAGGUGCUCAAGGUCUGAGUGGACGCAAAGGAGAGAGAGGACCCAUGGGCGUUCCAGGUGCUCAAGGUCUGAGUGGACGCAAAGGAGAGAGAGGACCCAUGGGCGUUCCAGGUGCUCAAGGUCUGAGUGGACGCAAAGGAGACAAGUGUUUUGACCGGGGAAUACCAGGAGGUUGUGGGCCGCAUCUCUCCAGUUGUGGAGGAGCACAGGAAGACGCUCACACCAGGCGUUCCCCAGCUCAACAUGUGCGACCGGGCUGUGAUGAACUGGGCUCCAGCCGGCUGUGAGAAGUUAGCAAAAUGUCUCAAAGUUCCAAAAUCGGCUCCUUGGAAGUGCGAAUGGCCGCACUGACUGCAGAUGACCAAUGAACUUGUUGUUUAUUUUAUUUUUUUUAAUCGGCAACUGUUUUAUAUUAAACACCAUAUCAUGUCAAAGUCAGCUGGGAUAGGCUCCAGCGCACCCGUGUCAACAUGCUACAGUUGUGAUCAAAAUUAUUCAACCCCCACACAAUUUUGGUAUUUUAGCAAGUUGGACAUUUAUUCCGUAUUUUGUUUAUAGUCAUAUCAAAUAAAGAUGUGUCAAAUCCACAAAUGCAACUUAAAUUGUAACACUGUAUUUUACAAAAUACCAAAAAAGGACAUUUUUCUUAAUAUCUCAUUGACAAAAUUAUUCAACCCCUUGAAGAUCAUAACUCUUAAGAACAGAAUUUGAAUAAGGUCUUUUCAAUCAGGUGUUGAAAACACCUGUAGAUGUGAUUAGAACCAUAAGGAGCAACAAUUAAACUGAUUGAAAAAGA